UGUAAACACUUUCACAUUUUCCACACGAAGCCCGGUCUUGCUUGAUUGUUGUUUUUAUAACCACACAUGUUAUUAGCACACAACAAUUAUUUCGGGAAUCAUGUUCGAAAGCAUAAGUUUUUUGUUCCUGUUUGCCCUGGCCUUCGUGGCUUGGGUCCUGCUCUGCUUCCAGCACGUGGUCCAGGUCCAGACGCGGGUCUCCUCCGAUUACCGAGUGGAACUCUACACAGAACAUCCCGGGAUUACGUUUGAGCCGCACCUGUGCCACAGUCCCUCGGAUCAGAAGGAGAAACCUUCGAGUGGCGCCUACGAGUUCGCGAUGAGCUUCGGGGUGAUCUUCGCCCUGACCUUUGGCCUGUCUAAGCUCCUCCAACUGGCGGAGGUGCAGGCCAAGAGCUAUCUCAAGUGUCGCAAGGAUCUCGCCGCCGCGGAGACGUGGGAACUGAACCAACCCGAUCCCUUCGAGCCAUUGUUAAGCCACGAUGAGGAUCUCAAGGAGCAACUAAGUAUCCUGCAAUCCCAGUGCUUGGAAAUGCGUGAGCUUUUGCAUGAUCUGCGGAUCAGCAGCAGUACCAGUAGCUAUGGGAGUGCCCAAUCCGGGAAUGAGAUGGCUCAACCUCAAGCCUCCGAGGAGUCCAUGUUGGUGUGCAAGCGAACGGACUCCAUGGUUUCCAUGACAGUCUCUAAUUCGUCGCCCGCGGAGAGGCCCACUCUUUCGGCCAUUCCCCAGCCCAGCCAGAACAUCUACAUCACCAACAGCCACAUCCACAUCAACGGACGCGUCUACCUGACCGAGAACCACGUGAACGUCGACCUUCGCCGGCAGGCAUCGAUGUACGCCCGGAAGCAGAGCGAGUUCCUCCAAGUGAUGGGCAACUACAUCGGAGGACCCAAGGAGCGACCCAUGAUAGCGGGCAUGCGAUGCAACAACAUCCUCGUGUGAGGAACGACCUAAAUCCACCAUUCACUCGUAAUAAACAUGGUUAAUGGCGUUUA